CCUGUACUCCAGAGCCUGUGAGCCCGGGUGCAAAAACUACUGAAGCCCGCGCGCCUAGAGCCGGUGCUCCCGCAACAAGAGAAGCCACCGCAAUGAAAAGCCCGCGCACCGCAACAAAGAAUAGCAUCCCCUGCUCCGCAACUAGAGAAAGCCCGCGCAUAGCAAUGAAGACCCAACGCAGCCAAACAUAAAUAAAUAAUUUUAAAGGAAAAAAGAAAAUCUAGUGUUUUUACACAAAGGGGACUUGAAGUGUGAGCAACACGGAAUGAAGAGUGGGUCAAUGACCUCGAACUCCUGGCAGAAACCGGGAAUUUAGAAGAGGGGUGCUUGUGACCGGGCUGCCAUUUUUAGUGCGGGUCCACCGUAGCGCUGUUUUGUGCUCCAUGUAGCACUCGCAGCCCAGCCGCCAGAGCCGACCAGAUCUGGGUGGGUCUGGGCAGAGCUCGUGGGGCGGGGCCGAAUUCCGAGAAGGGGGGCGCAGUCGGGGUGGAGUGGGCGCGGCAAAGCAGGGCGGAAUGGGCGUGACAUCGAGGAGCCCCGCCCCGUCCCGCUUAGACAAUGCCCCGGAGCCGCCAGACCGUCGCGCCCCCGACCCACUGUAGUACUUGAGCGCGCCUACCCGGGGACCCCUCAAAGCCAAAGCUCCAAUCCCCUAGGCUUGAAGACUACGACUCUCUUCUUCACCAACUCUGUCCUCAGGGGGUGGGGCCCCAGCCAAGAGCACAGAGCUGCAAGAGUGGGGGUGGCCGCAGGAGACAGGUGAAGUUAAAAAGAGACAACUGAGAAAUCAGCGCAGCCGGAGGGGGCGUCUGUGUGGAUGGGAUGGGGACGCCAGGGGAGGGGCUGGGCCGCUGUUCCCAUGCCCUGAUCCGGGGGGUCCCGGAGAGCCUGGCGUCGGGGGAGGGUGCGGGGGCUGGCCUUCCGGCUCUGGACCUAGCCAAAGCUCAGAGGGAGCAUGGGGUGCUGGGGGGUAAACUGAGGCAGCGAUUGGGGCUGCAGCUAUUCGAACUGCCUCCUGAAGAGUCGCUGCCGCUGGGACCGCUGCUUGGUGACACCGCUGUGAUCCAAGGGGAUACGGCCCUAAUCACGCGGCCCUGGAGCCCCGCCCGCAGGCCGGAGGUCGAUGGCGUCCGCAAAGCCCUCCAGGACCUGGGGCUCCGAAUUGUGGAGAUGGGGGACGAGAACGCGACGCUGGAUGGCACUGAUGUUCUCUUCACCGGCCGGGAGUUUUUCGUAGGCCUCUCCAGGUGGACUAAUCACCGAGGAGCUGAGAUCGUGGCGGACACGUUCCGGGACUUUGCCGUCUCCACGGUGCCGGUCUCGAGCCCCUCCCACCUGCGUGGCCUCUGCGGCAUGGGGGGACCCCGCACUGUGGUGGCAGGUAGCAGCGAGGCUGCCCAAAAAGCUGUCAGGGCAAUGGCAGUGUUGACGGAUCACCCCUAUGCCUCCCUGACCCUCCCAGAUGAUGCAGCGGCUGACUGUCUCUUUCUGCGUCCUGGGCUGCCUGGUAUGCCCCCUUUCCUCCUGCACCGUGGAGGCGGGGACCUGCCCAACAGCCAGGAGGCACUGCAGAAGCUCUCUGACGUCACCCUGGUACCUGUGUCCUGCUCGGAACUGGAGAAGGCAGGCGCUGGGCUCAGCUCCCUCUGCCUGGUGCUCAGCACACGCCCCCACAGCUGAGAGCCUGGCCUUGGGGUCCUGGCUGACCAGGGGCAGGGUGGCAUAGGAGUAGAAGGGGAAGGAAGGUUAGAUAGAGGACAGUGAAUAGGUAGUAGUGGGGAGAUGGCCCCAAGGUAGGGGGAGGGCAUAGAGUGAGAAAAAGGAUGGAGGUCACUGGGUGAAUCCUCUCCUCAAGAACUAAUAAAACAGAACUGACCUUUUAGACUGG